AAACCGAAAUCCUUCCUCCUAUAUCCCGAAAAAUUUAAUAGCCAAGUUCAUAAGUUUAAUACCUGGCUUUCUUUAAUUAAGGCUAAGCUACGAGUUAAUUAUAAAGCUAUUAGUAAUACUACUGCUCAGUUCUACUAUAUCUACCUUAAUCUAGAAUCACACGUUCAAGCUAUGGUUCUACCCUAG